AUGGCACAGCCCAUCCGAAUCAAGAAGUCAGCUGCUGCAGCUGCAGUUUCGUCCUCGUCACUCGCCGGCCCCUCUGCAAGCAUUCAGACCGGCCCCAAGGCUACAGGUGAUGCAUCUGAAGCUCACACACAGAAUGUUGUCGUUCUUGGCGGCUCAUACGGUGGCAUGCACGCGGCCACCGUCCUCGCACAGAAACUUCCACCAAGUCAUCGUGUGAUCCUCAUCGAGCGCAACUCGCACUUCAAUCAUCUCUACGUCUUCCCACGCUUCUCGGUCCUUCCUGGUCACGAGCACAAAGCUUUCAUUCCCUAUGCCAGCAUCUUCAAAGAUGCACCAGCCAGACCCACGUCAAAUAUCAAGCGCGGUCGUUCUACCGCCUCGCAGACAAAGCAGUCGAGUCGACAAGCAGCAGCGCCUGCAGCUGCUAGCACGACCCGCAAUGCGCUUGAGAUGGGCUCCACCUCUUCCUCAUCCGACGCAAAGCCUGGUUCAUCACGCAGAGCUGCCGGCUCAGCUUCUACGCCCAGUUCCAUGCCCGACGUGCCCGAGGGCUCGCAGCUGAACGGCACAUCUUCCUACACCUGUGCCGAUGAAGACGGCACCGCAUCUCGGUCCAACUCAUCGGCUUCCUCGCGCGGUCACUCUCAGGAUAGCCGGCAUUCGUCUCAGCUUUCGGCGUCCACUGAAUCCAGUGGCGCGGACUCGGACUCCAACAGCUCUACCUACGAUGCUGCCAGCACUGCGGCAUCCUCAUACAUCGAGACCGAUAUCAAGGUGGCUGGCCCUAAAGGCUUUGAAUCAGAGCUUGCACACAAUGCUGACACGGCGCGUCAGGAGGAAAAGCUCGGCCGUCCGGAGAUUCAGGUCACCGAGCUUAGCGAUGCUGUAGAAGACGGUCUGGAUCUGGAUGGCAACCACGAGGCAGACAGCGACGAAGAGGUCGCCCACGGGUUCGAGAGCUCGUCCCCUCACAUUGUGUUGCAGGCGACCGUCACCGACAUUUCGCCCACCCACGUCACGGUCACACCUACUUCGUCGUCAUCCUCGCACCACCUGUCGCAGUUCUCCAAGAAGAAGUCGCUGUGGGCGAUCGACAGCGUUCAAAUCCCCUACUCGCAUCUGGUGUACGCGCUGGGCAGUCAUCUUCCCGAUCCGCUGCGCACCGAGGCGCGCUUUAAGGCCGAUGGCACCAAUUGGAUGCGUGAGAUUCAAGAGCGAAUCAAGGGCUCGCAGGAGAUCGUCCUCGUUGGCGGCGGUGCGCUGGGUGUUCAAUUCGCCACCGACAUUGCAGCUGUUCACCCAGGCAAGAAGGUGACGCUGAUCCACUCAAGGAAGCAGCUGCUGCCCAACUUUGACGAGCGCGUGCACGAUAUUGCGUAUCAUCGCCUCAAGCAGCUCGGUGUCAAUGUCGUUCUUGGUGAGCGACUGGCACUGACCGAGGGUUGUCCGCGAGGGUCGACAGUGCAGAGCUCGGCAGCAAACGCUGUCGGCGCCAAUGGCACCGCCGUCGCAGCCAAGGCUGCCAAGCCCAUCAAGGCAGAGGUCUGCGUGACAGGCGACGCGAAGGGCGAAGGCAUUCAAGCGCAUCAAGAAGGCAUGUGCAUUGGCAGCGGGCGCAAGCUCGUGCGAACCACUGGUGGCAAGUCCUUCGAAUGCGACUUGCUGCUCCUCUGCACAGGUCAGCAGCCCAACUCAUCGCUGAUGGCCAAGCUCAGUCCAAGCUCGGUCGACCCGGGCAGCCGACUCGUGCGCGUCCACCGCAGCCUGCAAGUGGCUGUUCCCGAUCCGCGCGAUGCAGCUCAACAGCCGUUCGACGCUAAGCCACCGUGUGGCGACUGUGACUGCUUCCUGGACAAGAAGGCCAACGGAGCCGAGCUAAAUAGCGGCGAAGAGGGCCAUCUCGCCGCGCAUCUUGGACACGAGUCUGGCAAGCUGAGCAACGUUUAUGCCAUCGGUGAUGUCGCCGACGCAUUCGGAGCGCUCAAUGCGGGUUACCAGGCGUGGAACAUGGCCGACGUUGCGACGGAGAACAUUCUGCGCGAUAUCCAGGCCAAAACACCAACCUUGGCCCCCACUGACAAGGCGCAGGAGGCCAAGACCGAGAUGCUCGAGUUCCAGCCUGCGGUGAACAUGCUCAAGCUCAGUCUCGGGUUGGGCAAGAUGGUCUUCCAGGGUCCUCCCAUGGCAGAGGACACGCCAAAGGACAAGAUCAACCCCGAAGAGACGGGCUCCCUGGAUGGCGAGGGUGGCAAAGAUCUCAUUGUUGAUGGCCGGAUCCCCGGUAAGCCCGAGAUCACGAUCAAGGACGAUCCGGCUGAUCUGGGCGUAGAAGGUGUUUGGAGCUUCAUGGCGAAUCACGACACUAGCGACAUGUUCAAGUGA